AUGUCCACCAUUUCGAUCCACAUCAAGUCCUCGGGCGACAAAAAAUACGAGGUUGAGGUUGACACUUCGUCAACAAUCGAAGAUUUGAAAGCCAUUAUCGCGGCCCAGGCCGAUGUUCCUCCAGAGCGCCAGAGAUUGAUCUACAGCGGCAAAGUAUUGAAAGACCACGAAACAGUGGCUUUUUACAAGAUCCAGAGCGGGCACACUGUCCACUUGGUCAAAGGUGCUGCGCCCAAGUCUGCUUCACCGCCUGCAGAGGCCAGUGCAGCUCCAUCGGCUUCUUCGUCUGGCGAUUCUUCUGUUCCAUCGAACAUUGCCACAGGAACAGGACUGUUUAAUCCAUUGGCUGACUUGACAGGCGCUCGUUACGCGGGGUACACACAGUUGCCUUCAGCUUCGAUGUUUGGACCUGAUGGAGGCAUGGGCCUGUUCCUCACGCCUGAUCUGGUUUCUUCUAUGAUACUGAGCCCCGGUUUCCAGGAGCAAUUGAACGCCAUGCUUCUGAACCCGCAAAUGUUGGACUUUAUGAUCCAGCAGAACCCACAAUUGCGUGCCAUGGGUCCCCAGGCACGCGCUAUGUUGCAGCUGCCUAUGUUUCGCCAAAUGAUGUCGAACCCGGAAAUGUUGCGCAGCAUGAUGAGUAUGACUGGUGGUGCUGGUGGUGCUGGUGGCGCUGGUGCCUCAUUUCCAGCACCAGGAGAGAAUCCUACUGUUGGCGGUGCUGCUACGUCCGAGACUGGAGCUUCUGGUACUGGUUCUACUGGUUCUGGCGAUUCGGGCUCUCCAGGUUCUUCUGGCGCUGCUAACCCAUUUGCAGCAUUGUUCCCUGGCGGUAUGCCCCCAAUCGACCCAGCAAUGUUUGGCGGUGCUGCUGCUCCCGCUCCACAGGACAAUCGUCCUCCAGAAGAGCGUUAUGAGAGCCAAUUGCGCCAGCUCAAUGACAUGGGCUUCUUCGACUUUGACCGCAACGUGGCGGCAUUGAGACGUAGCGGAGGAAGCGUGCAAGGCGCAAUUGAAGUUUUGUUGUCAGGAAUUUGA